AUGGCUCUUCAGGUUUCGUUUGCCCAUACGGGUCAACGACUACAGGUCGAUCCAGGGACUUUCACGUCGAUUGACGACUUUCGAAGCUGGGUUGCUCGAAAUAGCUCGGUGUCGGUGCAGAACCAUGUUGGGUUGACACGGCAGGGGAAACCUGUCAAACUGCCUAUGUUGUCUACAGAAAAAGAGGUCUUCAUCUAUGACAAGCAGAUAGGACAACCAUCUUUUCCAACUUCCAUAGAAGAGGCGCAACUCGAUAUUACUAUGCCUACGAAAUAUACCCCGUCGAAAGCUCCCGAUACAAUAGCAGACCAGAAGAACUUGGAAGCAUGGAAGGAUUUAUUUAAGGCACGGCGGUCAUGGGCCCUCGAGAUCGUCGAGACUUGUAUGGCAAUGUCGAACGAAGCCCAAGAAAGAUACAGCGAAGCUCACGUCAUGGCUCUUGGUGUGGAUGCCGUUAUCUAUAAUUUGGAGAAACAUGUAAAAGCGCUGGACCAGAAAAAUGCAGACAUACAGACUUGGUCGAAGGAUAUUCAAAAGGAGCAGGAGGCAGCUGGGACUAAUUGGGAUACAUCCGUUGGUAGACUGCGCUCAUUGCCGGCCAGCAGCGAUAUGGUCGACUUCAUUACCGGCAGAACUCCUCGCAAGAACAGGCCAAGCUCCACACUUGAAGACCUCGUAGAUCAGACAGACGUGCAGACCGCUGGCAAGAUUGUCCGAAGCAUCACAUCGAAGUUAAAUAAGGAUAGUGCGGCUCUCGGAACCAAGGUAGAUCAGGUUCUACAGGAGAUGGAUAGCUUAUUUGAUAAGGUGGAAAGCGAUCCGACUCGAUCAAUAUCAACUCGAAUCAAUGAACCGAUCCAACUAAUGGAAGAUAUUGAGGCGGUUGCUAAGAAGAUUAGUAACGACUACGAGAGUGUGCUGGGAUAUGCGAACAACAGCAAGAACAUAUCACAAGCCUCCAAGUCUGCCCUUCUCCACACGAAGAACCUCCUGCCUAGCCUUCUCAAAAGGGCUUCUGAAAUGGACGCCAUUCUGCAUUCUUCUACAGAAGCACGCAACGCCAUGGCUGCGCGAUCGUUGGAUAUCAUGCAUGAUAUCUCUUCAAUCACAGCUCUUCUAUCUGAUGCAAAUUUAAGGUUCGCAGCCCUUAACGUGGACGACGAAGGACUCGAUGCACUGCAUAUGCUGGAAUUACUGAACACUUUGCCUACAACAUACGCCUCAUUCAUAGCCGAGGCCAUUCGUAGACGCGAGUGGACCGAGAAAAUGAGGUCAGAUUCUACAACGCUGGCUAACGAAAUGGCAACAUUUCAAGAUGAAGAGGCCCGUCGACGGAGAAAGUGGCAGAAAGCAACGGGCAGUAUGCUCUGGGGUGACAAACCCGAACGGAAAGUGACCGGUGUUGAAGUCAAUUUUCACGAUGAUGAGGAGGACUGGCCACAGGCUACAAGACAAGAUCUUGAGCAACUCUUGGACGUCUUGAAAUCUCUGGAUGGUAACUCGCAACUGGUUACCAAUGUUUCAAAGAUUUUCACAGAACUCAACAAUCCAACCAAACAACAAAGCAAGCGUGCUAGGGCAUUCAAGGCUGGUAGUAUACAUGAAGCCGCACUUGGAAGAAGCGCAUUACUUGUUCGAGGCGACGAUGAAUCCAUAAGAGUCCUCCAAGAAGAAAGACAGAAGACAGAAAACAAGCUGAAAACCGCUGAGAGCCGCAUUCGACGGUUAGAAGGCCUUCUCCAUCAACAAUCUCAGAGUCGCAGUUCUACGGGAAACAUCUUUCAAUCACAAGGCCAACCAAGUCCCGAUCCACAUAUCACCAACAAUCCUUUGGCAUCUCCACAUCUGCUAGAAGAUCAAUCUCGGAGGUCUUCGGUUUCUUCUCGCCGCUUUUCGGCUCAUCAUGGCGCUGAUGAGAAAGCUUUCCAGCAGAAGCUUUUGUCUGCAGAAGCUGAUGCGAACGCAGAGCGUGAGAAGGUUGCAGGCUUGGAAAAGGAAAUCGCGUCUAGGAUUACGAAAGCGGAUGACCUAAAGGUUUUGGUUGAUGAAGCUAAUUCCACCAAGCAAGAUCUUCUGCAGAAUUUUGAAGCCCAACAACGCGAAUUUAUGGCUGAGCGGAAAUCUCUUGAGGAUGAAAUUAAGCGUAUGAAGGUGAGACUCGAGGAGGUUGAUGAAGAAGUUGAACGCUUGUUAGGCUCUAGGGAAGCUUCAGUCGAGGAUCGCGUGCGAGAACUUCAGGAUGACCUAGAGAGAUUGCAGAAAACGCACGCGGCGGAACUUCAGAAAACGCAAGGACAAGUGGAUUUCCUUCGGAAUGAUUCUAAGCUUCAGCGCGAAACAAACGCAAAUCUAGAAAGGCAGAUAUUGAGGCUCAAGGAAGACAAUCGCGAAUUACUUCAAAGAGCUGAAAAGGCUGAAUCGACAGCUGAAGAGCAGCUGCAGGUCUUGUAUGACAUCCAUGCACAGCUAUCACCGAAGUCUAAGAAAUCGUUGGAACCCGCCGCACUUGCCGAAGUACUCGUGAGCCUCUCUGGAGACCUUGUGUCUGAACUCGAGUCUGUUAAAAGCGAUGCAACUAUUGCCAGAUCGGAUCGAGAUGCUGCAAAUAAAGAGAUCGUAACUGUUAAAGAGGAGCUAGCUAAAGCACAAGAAACAUUGUCCAAAGAAAAACAGGAAGUGACGCGUCUUCGUGAGCUCUUGGAUUCUGAACAAGCUAAAUUCAACUCCAUAAAAGAAGAGCUAGUAGAUGAACGAGACCAGCUGAGCAGUCUUAGGACGAAGAUCUCGGACGGCGAGACGGGCUCUGAAGCUCUUCGUAAUCGGCUCGAGGAAGAAGAGCGUAAGGUAACAAGGAUAUCAGAAGAUCUUGCUACUCGACAAUCCCGUAUCGGCAGUCUCGAGGAAGAGCUUAGGACGUUUCAAGAAAAACACGAGUUCGCCAAAAAGAGACAGACUGCACUUAUCUCCAGAUUUGAUGCUCGAACCGACCGAACAAAAGACCUUUCUCGUCGUGUCUACAAUCAAAACGAUAGAUUAUGUCGACUGCUUGAGAGGCUUAGCUAUUCUGUUACAAGAGAAGGUAACUCGAUGACUAUACAGCGAAUUCCAAGACCUGACAAGUCUAAUGCGAACGAUUCAUCGGAUCCUGGUUCUUCACUUAGAAAGAGUUCUGCCAACAUCACGAGAAAAGCCAUGAUCGAUAGUGGCGAUUUGGAUUUGCUCUACUGGAUGCAUAACGAUGACCUAGAAGAAGAAUCUGCCAAGUAUGAAGCAUUCUUGAACUCCAUCGGCAACUUUGAUGUGGAGGCAUUUUGCGAAGUUAUCACCAAGAGACUCAAGGAUGUUGAGUACACUGCUAAGAAAUAUAACAAAGACGCUCGUGCAUACCGCGAAAAGUCUCAUGUAGCUCAAAAGGAGGCACACGAGAAGAUCGCUUAUAAGCAUUUCAAAGAGGGUGAUCUUGCUCUUUUCCUACCUACUCGAAAUCAAGCGACCGGAGCUUGGGCAGCCUUUAAUGUCGGGGCACCUCAUUACUUCCUUCGUGAGCAUGACUCUCACAAAUUACAAUCACGAGAUUGGCUGCUGGCACGAAUUCACAAAAUCUCAGAUCGAGUCGUGGAUCUCUCUAAAUCGAUGUCAAGCUCCCGCGCCAUCGACGGUAAAUCUAUCGACAGCAACUCCAUAGAAGACGACAAUCCAUUUGAAUUAUCCGACGGUCUCCGCUGGUAUCUCAUCGAAGCGACAGAAGAGAAACCUGGGGCGCCCUCGACCCCCGGACUCGGAAAAAGCACAGUUGCGAGUGCCCGUAUCGAUGCAACGGGCGAUAUUCGUCGUAGCAAGAAGUCUAGCAGUAGCGUAGAGGGCAUCAACAAAACGCUUAGUAAGAGUCUUGAUAGUCGUCGAAGUAGUGUCAACUCUAAGAAAGCAGUCCCACUAGCCGCAAGCAGUCUUAUAAAAAACGGAACCAUCGCUACAGAUGCCGCCUCGCUUAAAGCGUCGUCGACGACCGGUCUGCAAUCGCCAGCUGAACCAGCGGAAGCGCAUAUAUCGAGGCCGAGAAGCCGCGAGGACGCGGGCAAAGCGCCGAUUAAUCCCGAGGUUAGACAUUCUCAGAUCGUUGAUAGUCUUAUGGGUCCCUGA